GAGGAAGUCCCCCCAGUGUCUCGUUUCCAAAUUACUCUGAAAUCAGGCAUAUUUCUCAGGCUUUCUUUUAGGGCUUUCAGUUGAGUCUGCUUAAUAUAAUUCUAGGGUCGGCUGUCCGCACCGCUUCUUAGAAUCUUUCUACCUGCUCACAGGCAACUAGAAUUAUAAGCAGAAAACCCACAAGUAGAAAAAUGUUUUAAAUUCAGAUAAAUAUCUAACUACAUAUAGUAUGAUACAAAUGAGCUUAAGCUUCAUAUAAUCAGCCAGUAAACACACAUGAAUAAUAAAUUACUAGAUUUUUCCCAGAUUGUCAGAUUUUAUUCCAGGCAGUUUUCAGAUAAGAAGCCUUGGAGAACCUGAAGAAGGGGAAAGGCUAUAGAUGGAAGGAUCCGAGGAAAGCAAAAUUUACAUUCCUCACCUCUUUGACCUGGGCGACAAAAAUUGUGAAUUAAGAUAUUUGGUCACAUAACUGUAAAGAUAGCUUUGGUUUCAUAAAGUUCUUGUCUUAUGUUUGUUUUGUUUUUGUCUUUUUAAACCAGGGAAGUUCCCUGGGAACUUAACUGAAAUAUCACAGAAACAUUAGUUCCGGUCCCUCUUUUCAACAUCGGUAUAGUGUAUUUUGUUUUUCUCAGUGUGGUACAUGGAAAUAAAAUUUAUGGACUAUAAAGUCUAUUGUAUUUGAAAGAUUAACCUACAUGAGUCAAAUAUUUAAAAACUUGUAAAAAUAUCCAAUAGAAAUUACUUUGACAAUUUUUGAGGAGCAAACAUUUUAUGAUCUAAAAUACUUAAUGUGUAACUGUCAUUGUUGCAUUUGACACAGAUUGUGUCAUGAUUACAGGAAGGAUCUGCUGAAAUGAUUAUAUGAUCAGAGACUACUAGAUCUGUAGGCUCAGUAGUAGAUAACUGUAGUGAGGUUUUUUUUCUUGUUGUUCUUUGUCUUUUUUUUCUGCUUAGCAUCAGAAGCCCCUCCUCGUGUUUGGGAAACAGAAAGCGUUUGUGAAUCUGUGGGUUGAAGUUCAAAAAACCUGACUCUUUUCCUUAUUCCUGGCAGCCAAGACAGGCAUAUGACCUAAGUUGGGUCAAUUGAAUAUCCUUGCCCUAGCUGUGAGUAAGGAGUAGUGUUACUAGGAAGGAAUAAAAGAUUAGAAUUAGUCAGUGGGCUUCGAUUGCCCCAUUGUGUCAGGGUCCAAGUGUCCAGCAUCAGUGGUCCCUUAACCAGGCUGUACCUUUGGCCAUGGAUCUGGCUAUGUGCUCUCCCUAGGUUGCCAAGCUAUCUGGUAACCAUCCAGGAAUUUUUUUUUUCUAUCUAAGGACACCACAAACAGUUCCAGUUUUUGCCUAACUGAUACCAUCACUGUUUAUAGAGUCGUGGGAAAGCCCUAACUAGCGUAAGGAUGCUGCAAGGCCAAUUUAUGGGCUCUGCAGUUUCCUAAGUAAUGAUAAAGAGCCACCAAGACUCAGUUCCAGGAGGGAAGAGUCACCUAGCUUGAUUACUGCGGUAUACUUAGCUCCUAGCUCAGGGCCCUAGAACACAUUCAGUAAAUUUUUAUUUGAUUUUGACCUGAAUGAAUAAGAUAGUAACACCCACCUCUAGGCCUCCUCAACAUCUAUUUAAAAUUUUUGGAUCCUGUCUGCUUUUAGUGUAGAUUUUCCUUAGGAAGGAACAGAACUCAAAAAAAGAUGACACGAAGGUUUUAAAGUCAAGUAAGUAGGAGGCUGUUUUUCCAGUGGCAGAAAUGAGGAAGUCAGGAGUAAAGAUUAGGUUUCUGCUGUGAUAAAUUGAACCUGUUAAAUGCUAUGACUUUUACAUGUCGUAACUGUCGGUUAAACCGGUUAUGUCACUCAUUAGAUAGCUCUGUAUUUGUUUGAAAAGUACAAGAGUCCCUCCUACUGGACUUUGAUCUAGCAGAAACAACUGUUACCUAACAACCUCAGACCAUCGCUGGAACUGUAUGAAGAACGUUCUUUAGUUUAUUUAAAUGGUUUUGCACAUGUAAUUUAUUUAAGCCUUCAAAAUGAUUAGAAAACUUUUUAUGGUCCUGCUUUUGUCGUCUGUGACUCUUGGGGAAGCAAGGAAAUCGUUUCUCAGUUUUCUGAACAUAGAAAAGACUGAAAUACUAUUUUUCACAAAGACUGAAGAAACUGUCGUUGUAAGGUCAAGUUACAGAGAUAAACAGCCAAACUCCAGCUACCUCUUUGUGCAACUAGAAGAUCCUAAAAUGCUCCAAGUGGUGAAUGUGACUAAGACCUUAUCAGAUGUUACCAACUUUACCAUAAACCUGGUGACAGAUGAAGAUGGGGAGACAAAUCUGACCAUUCAAUUGUGGGCUUCUGAAGGUAGGCAAGAAAGACUCAUUGAAGAAAUAAAGAAUGUCAAGGUCAGAGUGCUCAAACAAAGACAAGACAGUCUUUUCCAGACAUCAAACCUUAUUGAUAGAAAUAUCCUUAUGCUUUUUCUACCAAUGAUACUGUUAAAUAAAUGUGCGUUUGGUUGUAAGAUUGAAUUACAGGUGUUUCAAACAAUAUGGAAGAGACCUUUGCCAAUAAUUCUUGGGGCAGUUAUACAGUUUUUUCUUAUGCCAUUUUGUGGAUUCCUUUUGACGCAGAUUUUGGCAUUGCCUGAGGCACAGGCCUUUGGAUUUGUAAUGACCUGUACCUGCCCAGGAGGGGGUGGGGGCUAUCUGUUUGCUCUGCUUCUAGAAGGAGAUGUCACUUUGGCCAUUUUGAUGACUUGCACAUCAACGUUAUUGGCCCUGAUAAUGAUGCCUGCCAAUUCGUACAUAUAUAGUAGGAUGUUAGGGUUAUCAAGUACUUUGCAUAUUCCUGUUUCUAAAAUUAUGUCAACACUCCUUUUCAUACUUAUACCUGUAUCAGUGGGAAUAAUCAUCAAGCGUAGACUACCUGAAAAAGCAAACUUCCUGGAGAGGAUCAUUAGACCUCUGAGUUUUAUUUUAAUGUUUGUAGGGAUUUAUUUGACCUUCAGAAUGGGAUUAACGUUUCUAAAACCAGUGAACCUAGAGGUGCUUCUAUUGGGUGUCUUAGUUCCUGCUUUGGGUUUGUCGUUUGGGUACUUUUUUGCUAAAAUUUCUAUGCUGCCUCUUCCUGUUUGUAAAACGGUCGCUAUCGAAGGUGGGGUACUGAAUAGUUUCUUAGCCCUUGCUAUUAUUCAGCUUUCCUUUUCACAGUCCAAUGCAGACUUGGCUUCUGUGGCUCCUUUCACAGUGGCCAUGUGUUCUGGAUGUGAAAUUUUACUGAUCCUUCUGUUCUACAAGGCUAAGAAAAGAUGUAUCCUCAUCAUAGAAGAGAAGAGAAAGAAAAAUCCCCCGGUCUAACAGUUAAAGCUUUACUGAAUUUUCCUACUCUGAAUGAGGUACUGUGGGAGAUUCAAAGAAUAUCUGAAAUGAUGCCUGCUCUCAAUUCACUUAUGAUCUGAUUGAAAACUUGACAUUAGGGGAGAAAUAUACAUACAGAUAAUCAUAUGUGCUAAACACCCAAUGAAUAGUACAGACAGUUAAAUGUACAGGAAUUCAGAGGAAGGAGACUACUUUU